UUCCCUUAUAAAUUAUCCAUCGAUUAUUUGCCAUCUCUUGUUUUCAAGUGAUUCUAGAGAUUGUCAAAGGAAAGAGGAUUCGUUGGGUUGUGUGGAUUGUUGUGAAAUUGUUCAAUAUUGGAAGCGAAUAAAUCAAUAUUGGAAAUAUAAAGCUAAUCUAAACUUAUUGCAAUAGUAAAUUUACGGAAAUGUUACGUUUAAUAAAUCCAAAGGCUGUUAAAGCCGCAAUUGGUCUCAACAGACAAUGGGUUGCGUGUAUCAGUCAGUCGGCCACAGUAGGACAGCAAAGCGAGGCAGCCGUUUCUUCUUCCGAACAAUUUCGACAGAAACGCAUUAAGCUCAAUAUCAAAUCAGACAAUGUAGAGGGUCGCCCACUGUAUUUGGAUGCCCAGGCCACAACACCUUUGGAUUUUCGUGUUCUGGAUGCUAUGUUACCUUAUUUGACCAACUAUUAUGGUAAUCCACAUUCUCGCACCCAUGCUUAUGGCUGGGAAACAGAACAGGCUGUCGAAAAGGCACGUGAACAGGUUGCUGCCAUCAUCGGUGCUGAGCCCAAGGAAAUCAUUUUCACAUCUGGUGCCACAGAAUCGAAUAACAUUGCUGUUAAAGGUGUAGCAAGAUUUUAUGGUUCCAAGAAAAAACAUGUCAUCACUACACAGACCGAACACAAAUGCGUUUUGGAUUCCUGCCGUGCCCUGGAGAACGAAGGCUUUCGUGUAACAUAUUUGCCUGUUCAAGCCAAUGGUAUUAUCGACAUGAAACAACUGGAGGAAGCAAUUACACCUGACACCUCAUUAGUAUCCAUAAUGACAGUCAAUAAUGAAAUUGGUGUAAAACAACCCAUUUCUGAUAUUGGAGCUCUGUGCCGUUCCAAGAAAGUCUUCUUCCACACCGAUGCCGCCCAGGCGGUGGGUAAAAUACCACUCGAUGUCAAUUCCAUGAACAUUGAUUUAAUGUCAAUUUCCGGCCAUAAGAUCUAUGGUCCCAAGGGCGUUGGGGCUUUGUAUGUACGCAGACGGCCACGUGUACGUUUGGAACCCAUUCAAAGUGGUGGUGGCCAAGAAAGAGGUCUACGUAGUGGUACCGUUCCGGCCCCAUUGGUCGUGGGUUUGGGUGCAGCCGCUGAAUUGGCACAAAAAGAAAUGGAAUACGAUACGAAAUGGAUAAAUUUCCUAUCGAAACGUCUGUUGGACCGUAUAACAACAGCAUUGCCACAUGUUAUCCGCAAUGGAGAUCCCGAACAAACCUAUAAUGGUUGUCUAAAUCUCUCGUUUGCCUAUGUGGAAGGUGAAUCACUGUUGAUGGCUUUAAAGGAUGUAGCUUUAUCGUCGGGUUCAGCAUGUACCUCAGCCUCAUUGGAACCGUCUUAUGUUUUGCGCGCUAUUGGUACCGAGGAAGAUUUGGCACACAGUUCAAUAAGAUUUGGCAUUGGCCGCUUUACAACCAUUGAAGAGGUCGACUAUACUGCAGACAAGUGCAUACAACAUGUCGAAAGAUUGCGUGAAAUGUCUCCGCUGUGGGAAAUGGUACAAGAGGGUAUUGAUUUGAAAAAUAUCCAAUGGUCACAGCAUUAAUUUACCUUUCCAUGCCAUCAUGAAGAAAAUUAUCUUUGGGAUGAUUGUUGUUAUAUACGAAAUGACUGCUUUGUAUAAACUAAAAUAACGAUAAAUAGUAACACCAUUUUGUAGACUUUAGAAAUACCUAUUAUCCGUUUGCCUUUGAAAGGCUCAUACACUUGUUUUCUUUCAAAUUUAUUAUUUUAUUAGUUAUCUUUAUUCUCCCCCUUAUUGUAAUUUAAAAAUAUCUUUUAAGCACAGAAUAUAUAUUGUAUAUGCAAUAAAAAACGAGAUUCAAGACAAUAUAAAAA